AUGUAUCCCCUGCCAGGUUCACUAACCUCUUCGCCGAGCAGUUUUGCCAAUACGAACCACCGCCCUCCGACAUCUGAAGAAACACCUACCUCUGCCGUCUUUCCCAGUCCUGUCUUUGACACUCCCAAGCCCGGGCAAGGUGCAUUUACCGACGCCGGGGGUUGGACGCCACAUUACGCUGAAGACUACUCCGUAUUCAACUCGACCCCUGGAAAUCUCCGUGGACCUCAACAACACCGUUACGUUGAUUACGGUACCGCUACGAUUGCCAGCAGUCACAAGAGACUACUGUCUGCCGAGAGCUUUGCUGCUGGAAUUGCGACUCAUGUAAAUCACUUCUCUACCAACAACCGCCUACCACUGCCGCCGGUCGAGCCCUCACGCCGCUUGGCCUCAUCCCCGAACUCAGUAAACGUACCUCAAGAAUAUAUAACCGAUCCGACACAGCUGCCCAGUCCUGAUCCGUCCGUUCAGUUUCAAAUCCCCAAGAAGGCUAGGAAAGCCGGAGUCAAGGGUGCAGAGCCUGCGCAAACGGCAACGCCCCCACCCACUGGACGAAGGGAAGAGCACAAGCUCGCUGACAAGCUCAACAUGCAAAAUGAACAGGUCUUCGGCCAGCCCGACUUUACCGGCACCUCCCAACAACAACAGCAUGAUCUUGCUGCUUUUAUGGCUACUUCUGGUGACAUGUUUGGAUAUCCUAUGACAGCUCCCACUGCAACACCUACUGCAUUCUGGGAUCCUUCGAUGAGUAUGGACUUUGACUUUAGUGCAUCACCUUCCAAUGUCUUCCAAACAACACCAGUUCAACAUGGAGGUGGCCAUGGUCACCGCCAUACGGGAUCGUUUGACUGGAAUAGCGAAGUACCGCUCUUCCAGGAUCCUACUGCACCAUUUGCUCCAACAGGUUCAGAUCCUAUGCAAUCGAUCCACCGUGACCGUGCCCUUGCCCCAAAGCCUAUGGGCUCAGCGUCUGCUACGACUGCAGCAAGUGCUGCCAUGUCUGCGGCUCUCUCGGCUCCCUUGGGUGAUUCCUUCGGAUUUGGGCAGCCAAUGCAAGGAGUAAAUCCUGGGCUGCUCUUUGAACCCCCUCACACAUCUGUUAUGGAUAACCCUGCUCUCAUCCCAGUGACACAGGCCGGCUCGGCUGAAGGCGCGAUCUUCCAAACGAGAUCUAGAACCCCUCUGGGGGAUAACAUCCGACAAUCUUCCAGCAUGAAGGACUUGAGGGCCACCAAGGUACCUGAUCGUGCUCUCGCGCCAUCACCUGUCAAGUCAAACUCUCGACCUGGAAUGGGUCGAAGUUUCAGCGAGAAUCGUGGCAAGAGAGUUCAGACGCAGAACCGACCAGUGCUUCCCAAGCUUGCACCAGCUCGGCCUGUCUCCCAAGCUAGCAAUGGUUCCAAUAAUGACAGUGCGCCUGUCGGACGACCCAUCGCCAAACCAACUGGAAGGCUGUCUCCUAUGAAGAGUCAGAGUCGUCUGUCAGGUCUAGCUUCCAUACCCGAGGGGCCAGCGCUGCAACAACCACUGACUCGAACGUCUGUAAAAUUUACCAUCGACUCAAGAGGAAGAGCUCGCGCUGAGACGACUAUCAUACCGAAUGAAUGGGACUGGGAACCAGGUAUGGGCCAGAGAAAGGUGUCUCGGGAUAGGAGCCGGACACGCGAGCUGGGACCUUCAGACGAUGAUGAGUCUUCCUCUGAUGAUGAACCCAUCAUCAUUCCUAGCCGGACCAAUUCAUUCAAUACAUCCUUUGCCUUGCCGGAUCCUGUGAGACCUGUGGGGUCCAUCUUCCACUCUUCGAGGCGUAGCUUCAGCGAUAGAAGCACUGGUAGUAUCCACGACACAAUUGGUGGGUCGCCGCACGACGGAGAGAGCGAGACUGAGACUGUCAUGUAUGAGCGUAAGGACAAGAUUGGAGACGCUACAAGCGAGCUCCGUAAAGUGAUGGAAGACCGUAAGAAGCGGUCCCAUCCAAUGGGACAGGGUGGGCAACAUCGCCCGUUCCAAGGUAGUAGCCUUGGCCCUUUCCGAGGUGACAGCAACUCGCCGUCGUCCCUCAAUGAGUCAAGCCUUAUUGCAGACAGACAAGUUAAGUGUGUCUGUGGCCGAAAGGGGGCUGACGGGGGAGACGGCUUCAUGAUCCAGUGGUAA